AUGCAGUGCUCGUGGAAAUCCAUGGUGCUGCUAGCAUUAGCCUCCAUAGCCAUCCAGUACACAGCCAUCCGCACCUUCUCCACCAAGCCCUUAAGCCUGCUGUGCUCUGUCGGCCUAGCACCCACGGGCCACUCUGUCAACUGCAGCCUCAAAGAUCUGACACGACUGGGACAGGAGACACUCGAGGGCUCGGACCGAGACUGUGAUGAGAUCCUCUCCCACACCCAGUCCCCUCCCCCCUUCUCCCUCCCCUCCUAUAAUGCCACCAAGAGAACCCACAUCCUCAUUCUUGCCACCACACGGAGCGGAUCCUCCUUUGUCGGACAGCUGUUCAACCAGCAUCCAGAGGUCUUCUAUCUGUUUGAGCCUCUGUACCACGUCCAGUUGGCGCUGCUUCCUCGGAUGGCGCAGAGUCGGAACCUGGCUGAGAGGAGGGUAAUGCUGGGAGCAGCCAGAGACCUGCUGAGGUCUCUGUAUCACUGUCACCUUAGUAGUCUUGAGAGUUACAUACGACCCCAUCCUGCGAACCACUCCACUGACAAGCUGUUCAGACGAGGAGCUAGCCGGUCUCUGUGCUCCCCUCCUGUAUGUGAGUCUCCUCUAGGCCCGGAGGAGCAGAGCCUGGUGCUGGCUGAUGAGGGGGAGUGUGUGAGGAGAUGUGGGCCGCUCAAUGUGUCACUGGCUGCUGAUGCCUGCAGAGCAAAGCACCACACAGCCAUCAAGACAGUCCGGAUUCCCCAAAUCAGCGACCUUAGAGCACUGAUUGAGGACCCAAGACUCAAUCUGAAGGUGGUCCAGCUUGUUCGAGAUCCACGUGGCAUCCUGGCAUCUCGUAUUGAGACAUUUCGGGAGACAUACCGGCUGUGGCGUCUGUGGAGAGCGACUGGACGUCAACCCCACAACCUGGACCUGGGACAGAUUAACACAGUGUGUGAGGACUUUCUCAGGUCCGUGUCCACGGGCCUGGCCAGACCUGCCUGGCUUAGAGGAAGGUACAUGCUGCUCAGGUAUGAAGACUUGGCCAGGUUUCCUCUCCAGAAGACAAGAGAGCUCUACAGUUUCCUUGGUCUAGUUCUGGACCACAGUGUGGAGGACUGGAUCAUCAACAACACCCGGGGCAGCAGUGAUCUGUCAUCCCGGCAAAAGUUCACCACAGUUCGGGACUCUGCUGCUAAUGCAGAGAACUGGAGGGUAAAGCUAUCUUUGGACAUGGUGGUUUACACCCAGACUGCCUGCCAACCACUUCUGGAGCUCCUUGGAUACAAGACAGUCUUCCACCCAAGAGAACUGAGGAACCUCUCACACUCUUUGGUGGAGGACAGGAGGUUCCUCCCUUUUUUUUAAACAACUGAUGACAUACUGUACAUACAUCCAGUUUGGGUUUAAUAAAGCAACAAGACAGGACAGUGCUGUAGUUUAUGGAGCAGAGAUUAUGUAUUCAAAGCUGUUUGGUUGAUCUGGAUAUCCUCACCGUGUCUAUGGUGGAGGAGGAGUUGUGUCCUUUCCAAUGAUAUCAAUGCUAACUGGGGACAUGGGGAGGUCAGGCAAACUUGUAUUUAUUUAUUCAUUUAUUUACCCCCUGAGCAAUCAACUACCUCAGUUCCAGCCCUUUUUCCACUUAAGUACCAUUUGACACAGUUAAUCCUGUUUAAACUACUGUAUGUAGACUUACUGAUGAGCCAAAACAUUAUGACCACUCACAGAUGAAGCGAAUUGCAUUGAUUAUUUCAUAACAAUGGCAGAUGUCAAGGUCUGGGAUAUACAGAACUAGAGGGUAAGUAAACAAUCGGUUCUUGUAGUUAACAUGUUGGAUGUGGGAGAAAUCGGCAGGUGUAAAGUCCUGGAGCAUCUACGAAUGGCAGGGCUGGUCAUAAUGUUUUGGCUCAUCAGUGUACUUUCUA